GCAUCCUCACCGACACGUUAUUGCCUCGGAACUUCUCGCAACGAGAGCCACGGGAUUUUAGUUUGUUUUUGUUUUUUUUUUCCAAAAAAAAUUUUUUUCCUUUUUUAUUGAACCUAGAAGGCCUUUUUAAUCUUCUACUGCAUCAAAACCAGAAAUUGUAACUCAAGACCUGAUUCUAAGGAUCUACCCUUACAAUUUUCAACCCUUUUCUAGUCUUUUAUCGUUUUUUAGUUUCUUUUAUAUAUAUAUAUAUAUAUAUAAAAGAUAUAUUUUAAUGAGAAUUUUAUAUUUAUCAAGUCAAGUGUUUGGUGCGAGUGACAAUUUUUACUGACAUUGUUUAAUGCCUUAUUAUUAUUUAAAGUGAGUGUCAGUUCAUAUAGUUGAUGUUGGAUUACAUAAGCAAAAAUAUGGACGUUACGAGUGGCAUGAGACCUAUUUUUGGGGGAUACCCUUUUCAAGGUCAGGGGCGAAUGAAUCAACUCGGUGGAGUUUUUAUUAACGGACGUCCACUACCAAAUCACAUUCGUCGACAAAUAGUGCAACUUGCCGCAAAUGGUAUACGACCAUGUAUGAUCUCUAGACAAUUACGAGUUUCUCAUGGUUGUGUGUCAAAAAUUUUAAAUCGUUAUCAAGAAACGGGUUCAAUUAAACCGGGAGUGAUUGGAGGCAGUAAACCCCGUGUCGCUACACCGGAAGUUGAAGCAAGAAUUGAAGAAAUCAAAAGGGAGAAUCCUGGUGUUUUCUCUUGGGAAAUUCGAGAAACACUUAUCAAGGAAAACUUUUCCGAUCCACCGAGUGUUAGUUCCAUUAGCCGACUACUUCGAGGUGGAAGACCAGGAGAAGAUGGAAAGAAGGAUUACACCAUUGAUGGAAUCCUAGGAGGUGGAAGAUGUGGAGAGGAUUCAGACACUGAAAGUGAACCAGGAAUUCCUUUAAAGAGGAAACAGAGAAGAAGUAGAACAACAUUUACUGGAGAACAACUCGAACAACUAGAGGCUGUUUUUCAAAGAACUCAGUAUCCGGAUGUUUAUGCCAGAGAAGAAGUCGCUCAAAGAACAGGCCUUACUGAAGCAAGAAUACAAGUUUGGUUUAGUAAUCGAAGAGCUAGACUGAGAAAGCAUGCCGGAAGUGUGUCUCAUCCAAUGAGCAGUCUUCCCUUGACACCAUGUCAAUAUUCAACGGGUCACGAUUUGAGUCAAAUCCCACAAGUGCCCCAAAUUCCAGGAGGCAUUCCCCAAGUGCCAACAACACUGCAUCAAGGUUCAACGACACUUCAUCAGGUGCCAACGAGUCUACAUCAAGUGUCAGGGACUGUGGCCCAAAUGGCCAAUUCAAUGGCUCAAGUACCUACAACCAUGAGCAGUGCUUUGCAAGGUCAUGUGUCUCUCCCAGGACAUUUGAGUUCCCUAAGUUCCCAUUUGAGUCCAGGACACUCGAAUGGAAUGCAACACAGUCAGGUUCCUGGGAUUCAACCACCUGUUGCCCAUGGGGCACCCACGUCACUCUCUCAUUCUAGUGGUAAUAGUGAGUGGUCAAGAGCACAGUUAGGAUGGAGUCAAUUUAAUCAUUUCCAAGGUGGCGAGUAUACUUCAUCGCAUGCCAGUCAUCAACUGGCUUCCCACACAAGUCAUGGUGCUCAAGUUUCGAGUAGCGCAAAUACACCUUCCACAGAAUGGUACGAUCAAAAUUACGAAUACGCGCAACAUGCCCAAUUCAAUUAUCAUCGGAGUAUUGGUGGAAUAUUUUAAUUUUUAAGUGUAGAAAACCAAAAUUUUUUAUAUAUCUAUUAUAUAUAAAUAUAUGUACAUAUAUAUAAAUAUAUAUUGUAAAUAGAAAAAUAUAUUAUUAUAGAAUAUCAA